UCUCCUCAUGAUUGAAUUGGAUGGAUUUUAGGAUUACCCAGUAUUUGAAUUUGUUGAACAAUAUCUGGGUAAUUUUCUGAUUUUUCUGGGUGUUUGUAUAUUUGUUUAAAUUUGUCUAGGUUUAUAGUCACGUUAUCUUUCUGGGCUUGCAAUUCUAGUUUGUUUGGGUACUAAAAGUUGCUUUUUGGGGCUUAGUUUGCCUUGAGCUCAUUCUAGUUGUUUAAGUGUGUUAAUUGGGUUUUCACACUUGAUGAAAAUCUAUGAAAUGUGUUGCAUUAUCAUGGAUGUUAGGAUGAUACUUUUUAUGCAAGAUUACACUUAAAUUUAUUCCCAUAACUGCCGUUUUAUUACCCUUACCAAAAGGACUGCUUUUAAAGAGGCAGUGAUGUGUGAAGCUGAUUUUUGAAGGAUUGUUGUUGUGAAUUGGUGAUAAUAUCUGUUGGGAAGUUGCUGAAGGCUGAGAACUUUGAGGCUUUGAGCUCCUAGAUAUUAGAGAAGGAAUGUCAUUGGUGUCACCAAGUUCCUGAGUUUCAGGCCAUCAUGAUUUAUGAAGCGCGUGGUUUUGUUAGUAAAGAAUGAUAGUGAUGCUGUCAAGGACGCACUUGAUCAGUUAAGCGAAGUUGGUUGGGCCAAAAGGUGGAGUUCGCAGCCAUAUAUCUCUCGUCGUACUACAUCACUUCGGGAGCUGACAACUCUUGGAAUCAAGAAUGCUGAGAAUCUUGCUAUACCAAGCGUCAGAAAUGAUGCAGCUUUUCUAGCUACGGUGGUUGGCACAACAGGAUUUUUGGCUGUUCUUGCUGGCCAGCUUCCAGGGGACUGGGGCUUCUUCGUGCCAUACUUGGUCGGAAGCAUCUCUUUAGUGGUUUUGGCUGUGGGUAGCGUUGCACCUGGACUUCUCCAGGCAGCCAUUGGUGGAUUCUCUGUGGUUUUUCCUGAUUAUCAAGAGCGGAUUUCUAGGCAUGAAGCGGCUCAUUUUCUAGUUGCAUAUUUGCUUGGCCUACCAAUUUUGAGUUAUUCCCUGGAUAUUGGUAAAGAACAUGUGAACCUCGUCAAUGACGAGUUGGAGAAGCUUAUAUACAGUGGACAGCUUGAUUCCAAGGAACUUGACAGGUUGGCUGUUGUGUCAAUGGCUGGGCUGGCUGCCGAAGGGCUAACAUACGACAAGGUUAUUGGUCAAUCUGCAGAUCUAUUCAGUCUACAGAGAUUUAUAAAUAGGAGUACACCACAAAUCAGCAAGGACCAGCAACAGAACCUCACUAGAUGGGCUGUUCUGUUUGCAGCAUCUCUUUUGAAGAACAAUAAAGCGGCUCAUGAAGCUCUGAUGGCUGAAAUGUCAAAGAAAGCAACUGUACUGGAUUGCAUCAAAGCAAUUGAAACGGCCUCAUAAAUUCAAGAGGCAAAACAGUCCUCACAUAAUUUUUUUCACAGAUUUUUUUGGUACAAAGUUUAAACAGCUCAAGCCUAAUAUGAAAUAUAGAGUAAUCUAUAAUUGUAAUACUGUAUUUUAUAUUGAUGAGAAUCUGAGAAAGACUGGAUGAUUACAAAUUACACUUGCUUCAAAUUUGCUGAUGAUAGCCCCUGUAUUUUGUAACAGACAAGGUGCAAUUUGUGCUCGUCUCUCGUACACAUUAGUCUCAAAUUCGAAUAUAUUUGGUGUCAAAUGAUCCCUAUAUGA